AUAAUUAGCAGAUGUUACUCUAUAUGAAAGUGCGCAUUUUCCGUUCUCCUUUCUCUAUAAAUAUUCGUUACGUUACGUUUUAUUGUAACUCAACAAAAGGAAGCAUUAGUAAAAUGUUGCUGUUGAUCAUUUUCAGUAUUAUAUUUGCAGGAAACUGCGAUGGAAAGAAUUUACAUAUUGAAAACGGCGAAGAGAGUGAUAGAAUAUUUGGAUUUUUUGAUUGGAUUUUUCCUAAACCUGAUCCGUUCCAAAAAGAUCUAAAUGAAAUUGAAUCACUGCUUAAGCGUUUAUUCAACUUAAACUGUGAUGUAGAUUUAUCAGUAUGUUUAUCAAAUAGUAAAAGGUCAUUUGAUACUGAGAAACGUCAAAUGGACGUCAUAAAUUCGACUGGAACUAAUCCUAAUGAAGUGGGAACAACACAAAGUACAGAAGGAACUACACCAACAGUAGCCAACCCAACAUCCGAUCAGGGAACAACACAAAGUACAGAAGGAACUACACCAACAGUAGCCAACCCAACAUCCGAUCAGGGAACAACACAAAGUACAGAAGGAACUACACCAACAGUAGCCAACCCAACAUCCGAUCAGGGAACAACACAAAGUACAGAAGGAACUACACCAACAGUAGCCAACCCAACAUCCGAUCAGGGAACAACACAAAGUACAGAAGGAACUACACCAACAGUAGCCAACCCAACAUCCGAUCAGGGAACAACACAAAGUACAGAAGGAACUACACCAACAGUAGCCAACCCAACAUCCGAUCAGGGAACAACACAAGAUACAGAAAUCACACCAACGAAUGCAACAGAUACUAAUUGCGAUUGUGAGGAGGAGGAAACAUCAACGUCAGACAAACCAACUGAAAGCGCUCCAUCCUCUCAAGAGGUAACAACAGCAACAACUAAGAUUACGCCUACUACAGAUCUUCCCAUUUCAGCAGUUAUAAACAUUAUUUGUCAGAUUCCAUCCAAUAUAAUUUCAAGUCUUUUCUGCAUUUUAGAGUUAGUUCAGACUGCUUAUAAAAACAGUUGCCUGGACACUUCAAUGAAAUGUAUUCAAGCUAUUAUAUAUGAAAUUAGUAUGAAUAGACAAGAUUGUUUGUGCCUUACACGUGCUAUCAUAGAUAUAUUAGAUGAUAUUAUAUCUUUUUUAGAACCGCCAGGUAUUAUAUUUACAGGAAUCUGUUACAUUUUUCCUUCAUUAUGUGAGAAGUCCUUAAGCUUUAAGUGUCCCAAAACUACUGUAGAUAUAACCAAGUGCUUUUCGUCAUUUAAUAAAAGAUCAUUUGACACUGAAGGAAGAGUAAUUAUCGACAUACAUAUCGGUACAGAAAAUAAUGAAACAAUUGAAUGUGAGGAAACAACAACAGAAAAUAUUCUAACAACAGGAACAGAAAACACAUCAAUAAUACCAAAAACCUCUACAAUUUCAGAAGAUGAAACAACAGAAACAACACCAACAACAAUACCGACAACAACAGAAGAAACAACCACGUGUACUGAAAGCACUCCACCCAAUGGAGAGGAAACGACAGAAAUAUCAACGCAGACAACAGAAACAUCAACAUCGAUAACAACAGAAACAUCAACACCGAUAACAACAGAAACAUCAACACCGAUAACAACAGAAACAUCAACACCGAUAACAACAGAAACAUCAACACCGACAAUAACAGAAUCAACAACGCCGACAACACCAGAGCCAACACCAACGACAACAGACGUUACUACAACUUCAGAUGAGAAAACAACGACAGAAGAAACAACCACGUGUACUGAAAGCACUUCACCUAAAGAAACAACAGAAGAGAGUACAACAACGACUACUACGGAAACUCCAACAACGACCUCAUCAACAACAGAGACCGAGUCAACGACAAUAACUAAAACUACUACAUCACACGAAGAGAGAACAACCGAAGUUAUACUUACUACACACGAUUCGAUUUUUGAAUUGUCAAACAGUUUAACAAAUAUCUGUUCUAUUUCAUCAAGUGUAAUUUCAACUUUUUUCUGCGUUUUGGAGAUCGUUCAGAAGGAUAAAGGUGACAAUUGCCUAGACUAUGCAAUGAAUUGCACUCAAGCAAUUAGAAAUAAUAUCAUUAAAGGGGAAGAAAACUGUAACACCCUUCUUACUGCUAUCUCAGGCAUAUCAGAUUAUCUUGAAUCAUCAUUAAAACCUCCGUCUAAUGUAUCAUUUCAACCUUAUGACGAACAAUUAUACCUGUUGAAACGACAUAUCCAACUACUAACUACCUUAGUGCAACGACAGAUGCGAUGGGAUAACUCUACUCAUCUACCGGCAUCACGUUGGACUCUGUCGGCCGAUGAAAUCACUCUUUUAAAAGCUACCCUGUUAGAUUACGAAGCGGAUUACAACGACCUCAAAACUCUUGUUACCCUCAAUGUUACUCGAGGAAAACGUGGAUUAAUAGACACCGGAGGGAAACUUUUAAAAUAUCUCUUUGGAGUUGCUACAACAGAAGAUAUAGAGAUCCUUAAUGAAAAUAUAGCCCGACUAACUGAAACUAACGAAGAGUGA